GAUGGCUGCAUAGAGUUAUCAAUAAAUGAUUUAGCCAAUAUUCAGUGCGCCUCUCCAAUUAAUAGAAUGGCUUGCGUUUCAAUAACUAAUCCAGCUUAAUUUUGUAAUUAAAUGCUAAUACAUCAAACGCAAGGCCAUUAUAUAAUACCCCCCUUAAUAUGAAUUCUGUUAGUAUGCAAAUGAUUCUUAUGUCUAUAAUUCAUACCCCCAUAAUUGUAUUGAUACUCAGCCUAGUAUAAAUAGUAUUGGAAAUUGUUUCAACUUGGGUAUGAGUAAAGCAAUGUGGAAUAAUUUUGUAAUUUUUUGUGCCAAUUUCAGGAUGAAAGACGCUUUCGUAUCGAGGAAACAUUUUUCUGUAAAGACGACAAUUUAGGAUCUUAAUACAAUAGAUUGUUAAACUGCUGUCAAUAAGAUGGGUUGCACGUCCAUUUCAAAUCCUUUGAAAGUAUGUUAAUAUGAUAUUUAAAAUUCCACAUGUAAUGAAAUCAUUGCACUUACUAAACCAUGUUCAUCUUAUAAUAAUGUUAAUGCUAGCAAAUCAAGUGAAUCAACCUCUGAUUCUGCUUGCAAAUUGGAUUUCUCAAUUAAAUUUGCACAGUUUUAUUGGAAUGUGAUAGAGGAGUGAAUUAUUAAGCCUGUUCCAUCUAUAAAAGACCUUCAUUUUAAUGUAAAUUUGAAAAGUAUUGUUAUACUCCAACCUCUGGCUAUCCAACUUGUGGAGAUUCAUUAAAUAAAGAAGUAUGUCUGAAUUUCAUUUAAUUCUGCACUUGGGAUUUCUAAAAUUCAUAGUGUAUCGAAUAUAAUUUAAAUGGAUAAGCUUGUUAAAAACUUUAAGAUUAAAAGACUGCAGUAUCUAGUUAGGUUUGCUAUAAUGCUGAGGUCUCAGAUGGAAGUGCUUUGUUUUUGAUAUAUACACAUUUACAUUUAAAUCAUCUAACCAAAUUCCUGUGCUAAACUUUGAAUCACAACCAAUGCAAAUCGUAAACAGAAUUAGCAUACCUAUGA